AUGCGCUUCACAUACGUUUUGCUCUUGGGCCUUCUGGGCUGCCUUCUGCUCGCCCAGCCGGGUUGCCCAGCAGAUACUACCACAAGCACUGAAAGCUCGACCUCUAGCUCCUCAGCCACAACCACAACCACAACCACCGCUUCAUCCUCUUCCGCGACGACUGAAGCCGCCGCUUCUUCUUCUGCCACCACAACAACCACGGCUUCCACGACCACGACCACCACCACCACCUCGUCCUCGUCCUCGUCCUCAAGCGCGGCUGCCCGUCGUCGCAGAGCCGCCGCCCGCCGCCGCCGCUUGGCACGGCAACGUCGCAGGCGUCAACAGCGCCAAAGGCGCCGCCGCCAACAACAGCAAAAUAGACGCCAGCAAAGGCGGCGACAGAACCGGGGAUAGGCGAAGUUCCAAGCCUAGCGGUCAGGGGUCGCUUCCUAUAAACCGCAAAAAUUCCAAUCGCUAUUUGAACCUGCGGUAUUGCAGCCGAGUUUUAGUGAAAUAUUUCAUUAUUUACAAAUAAAGAAAGAAGUUAGUCCCCACAA